AUGCCUCCUCGUAAGAACAGCAAGAGAAAGAAAGUGGUUCAGCAGCAGGCUUCGUCCUCAUCAUCAUCAUCAGAGGACGAGAGGGAGCAACCACAACCUUCCUCUUCCGCAUCAUCAGCGGUAUCGGGUAUGGAGGAUGAGAAGGAUCAAAAACAACAACAGCAAGUAUCAAGUACUCCGGAAGUGCCAAUCAUAACAACUCAAGACACAUCAUCAUCAUCGAUACAAAUGAAUACAAUGAAUGGAGAAACGGAAAAUCAUCGUGAUGAGAAUGGUAGGAAUCAAUCUGAAAUGAUCACUGAGGAGAAGGAACAACAUAUCGGAUUGAAUGGCACUUGUGAUGGAAACCAUAGUAAUUUAUUGAACAACAGUGGUAACAAUGGCACAUUAUCGCCAUCAGAAUAUAUGAGGCUUAUCAAAGACCAUUUUAUCACUUCGUGGAACAAGAAUUACUCUCCCUUCAAAUGGGCUUUUCAUCUAAAAUCAAAAAACAAGAAUAAUCCAAAUUUUGAAAGUCAAGUUAUUGAAUGCUUUUUAAAUGUUACUCUAAGAAAUGUUUCACCAAGCGAAAUAUUCUUCAAAUAUUUAAAUCAUGCGCUAAUGACAGAAUUAAUUUCUUUUGAUGCUUUCACCAAGUCAUUGUAUGACUUGAUGAUUGAAAACGAGUCGGAAUUAAGAAAAAGCCAUGAAACAAGCAAUACCAAGCGCAUUGCAAACGUAUGGAACAAGCCAACAUCAUGGUUUGAGCUGCUUAAACUUUUUGACUAUCAUUUACCACUAGUCUUGGAAAAAUUCAGCUCUUUAAACGUUUCUAACAGCAGCACAUCUCAAGAUGAUUUGGGAGGAUCAUCAUCUGUGGACAAUCAAGGCAUAUCACCAAACCAUGACGAUGACGAAGACAAUUUUUUGGAAAUGGACAACAAGAAACGAAAACGAGAAGAUACUCUUAACAAUGUGACUAUCGAUUUUAUUGAUAACGAUGAAAUGAAUAACCCUAAGCGCAGAAAAUUCAUCAUUUCAAGCACGAAAGAGGAUGUUUCUUCUUUAUACUAUACAGCACGAGUUGUCAUCAGAUGCUUAAUCAUUAUUUUACGACAUUUAACGUACUCUCUCUCUCAAACCAAACUCUUUCCCGAGACUUCAAUGACCAACAUGUUCGGAAAUAUGACGACCAAGGAUCCCCAUGUCAUACUGAAUUGUGAAAGGUCUAUUCAAAUUCUAGUUACACAAUUGGGAAAUACAAACUUUAGGACCUUUCUUUUACUGAAUAAGUAUGAAGAAAAACAUUUGUGGUCAAUAUUUACGCAAGUAAUGCACAAAGAAGUUAUUCCAGUUUUAUCCCAUGUUAAAGGAAAAAAGAAUGAAAACACCAAGCUAGAAAAUCUCUUGAUGCAUUUAUGGGGAGCUAUUAAUCAAUUCCUUAUAUUUUUAUUGUCCGUAGAGAAAUCAGUACCGUAUCAGGCGAUUGAAUUUAAAGAGUUGCAACAUUCGAGGCCAUCCAAAUCCCUUCAGUCCACUCUCAACGAAAAAACAUGUUUUGUAACAUCUCUCCUGAUUGAAGAUGAGAUUUCAACCAAAAUAAUCACACGCACCAAUAUUUAUCAAACAUUCGCUAGAUUUGAAAACUCAAGAACUUUGAAGGAGAGAAGUUUUGUAAAUUACUUUCUUGACAUUUUGUACACUGCUUUGGACAAGAUUUAUGACUUUUCUCAAGUUCCCAUGUCAGACCACAAACCUGGAUUUAUUGUGGCUGAGAAAUCACAUAAGAUGCUUAUCAGAAAGAGCUUCAUAACCUCAAAAUUUCCUCUCCUACUCAAAAUUUGGAAUGAUACCUAUUGUGAUGAAAAAGAUUUUUAUGAUCAAUUUUUUGCGUGUGCAAGUACCAGGAAUUUACACGCCAAUUAUUCUUCGAACGACAUUGACCGAUUAAGCGACAUCAAAUACAACAACAUAGAGAAGGCUUUAUUUAUGAUUUCUAAAUUUCCCUGGCUAAAUGACAAGACCAACCAAUAUGUACUGACAGAACUAAUCAACUCAUGCCUCUACCUAAAGCUGGUCUCUCGGCAGAACAUCAAUGAGCUUAUAUCGCAGUAUACAAGUGAUGUGGUGUUAGAUUUAGAGAACAAUGCGUUAGAAAUUCAGCAAAACAAGUUUUCCAACUUUCUUGACAUGAGAUACAUUGCAACAAUGUUCAAAUAUCCUAGAUUACAAGCACCUCUAAUUAUUAACGAUUUUGUUGAAAAUUCAUCAAAGGAUUUUAUUUCGGAAAUUGACUUUCUGAUUAGCCACACACAUUUCCUAGAUUUUAUUCAAUUACAUGGUUACAUGCCACAAGUGAUGGAAAAGGUAUUUCAAUCUAUGAGAAAUAUUUGGAGCAAUACAGAAGAAAAUGAUAUGGACGAAAGUAAUAGAGAUGAAAAAAUUCAAGCGAACUUUUCACUUGGAUUUUCCGCACUCUACAUCAUAUUAGAAAGAUUUGAGUUUAAGAAAAUCAAAGAAAACAAGGACGUCUUUUUCGAAAUGAUGGACCGCUAUUUCGUGGAAGAUUCACCUCUGAUACACGUGAAAGAAUGGUUUAAAAACUGGUUCGAGGAUAGGAUCGACUCUGAUAAUCAUCUAGACAUUCAAGAAACAGGAGAUAGGAUUUUUCAAGAGUUGUUGAAUUUAGACUUGCAAGCUCAAACAGAACAAGCUAGUUAUGACAUGGCUGGUUUAGCCAAAAUUCGAAAGGAGUACUCUCCGGCACAUUUACUUCGAGUGUCGUCCUAUAUCGCUCAACAAUGUUUUCUUUGGUACAUGGCUCAACCAGAAGAGCUAGGAAAGAGGAUUAUACCAAUAAUUUCUACAUUUAUUGAACAAUUUGGGUACCAUACAGAAAUUGGAUUUGCUUCAGGAAUUCUCUUCACAGUUAAUCAAGUAUUCUCCUCUAUGGAAAAAGCCAGUGAUUCUGUUUUCACCUUUAUAGACGUUCUAUUUACUACCUUUAAAGAUUUGGAAAAGGUGAAAGAAAGUACCAUUGGUUUCAAUAUUUCCAGUGUCAUCCUGCACAACAUCUUUGUCGAUUCUGUUCAUACCUACUAUCAAAAUAAUAAGGAACCAGGAAAAAAGAAAGUACCAGCAGUGAUCUUUAACUACAACAAUCCAUCUCUUCAAUCCUUGCUCACCGAGUGUUACUUGAUUACGGGUCAAAACGUGGAAUGGCAAGUUGCAAUGACACCGCUUUUACUCAUGGACACAAUUCCAGCCAAUAGCAACUCGCUCGAGUAUAGGAAAGGUGAACAGGAAACUGUGCUACUGCCAAAGGCAAAAUCUUUUGGCAGUUCCAGUGUUGGUGUGACUUCUUCAUCGUCGUCUGCUGUGGUGCAGACUUGGGUACAACAAGAAUUCGAAAAUAUUUACCGAAGUUUAACCAUUGGUGGAAGCUUGACGUCACUUAACACUAUUGGACUCAUGAAACCAUCCAUGUUUGAUUCAUUCUUCACACUUCGACGCGCGUAUCGAUCGAUGGGAUGUCUCAAUUUUCUUAAAUUCAUGAUUGAUCAAAUCUAUGAAUGUCUGUUAAAAGAGGAGCAAGAGCCAUUUGACGGAUUUAGAGUGGCAGAGGCAGCUGCAAUCAUGUUCUAUAUUAGCGCUGGAGAAGAUGGAGUUGAAACUCUACUUCAGAAGGCAUCGACAUCUCCUGAAGGAUUAUUUGAAUUUAUCUUGUCACAUCACGCAGAACAAACAAAACAAUUCUUGGAGAAUGGAACAUUUAUUUAUUCGAGACAACGAAGUGGGUCUUCCAUUCAGGCCAUUUCAAAUGUAGAAUAUUUGCCCAUGUUGAGUUCAUUGUUGGCAUAUUUUUCAGUAUUUGUUUUGAGCUUGCGAGAGAAAGUUCCAACUUCAUUGAACUCGUCUACGAUCGACUCUAGGAAGAGUGACAAACUCGUGCAAAAAUUCAUACUACAUCUCGUUGAGGAACAUGCUGAGAAGGUUGUGCAUGAAGAUAAGCAUUACAUGACACAUUUUACGCUUUGCUUUAUGGAGCAAAUUUCGAAAAUUCCCGAGUUGAUCCACCAAACUCAACAAGUUCUGAUAGAGAGACCAAGUUGCUUCCCUAAAUUUUGUAAAAUCAUCAAUAGGACAAGGAAAGAAGCGUCGCAAUCGUUCUUUUUUAGUUUUGGAAGGAGAGCUGGCUUUUCAGAUGAAUUGGUUGUUAGUUUUUUGAAAGAAAUAACGAACUAG